UAGGACUUUGUAGAGGCACGGAAGGCCAACUAGGGGUAAGCAUGUCUUACCUGUCUUUUCUCUACCCUCAACACUCUUAGCCGGGGCACCUUGUGGCAGCUUUUAGGGCCUUGGAAGUUCUUAAGUGGUGGAUUGUUAGGUAUGGCCUCAUAACUUCGGGCACUGAUCUAAGUUUGAGGGAAUUCCCUCGAGUGAGGGCCCACCUUGCUGGGUUAACUUCGGAUGAGGUAAGUUUAAUAGUCCCAAUUUUCAUGCUUCUUCAUGCAUUUCCCCUAGGAUACUUUUUCUUCCAACCUUAUAUCACUAUAGGUCAACUACACUCCAUGGGUCGGCUAGCCCCUUCUUGUUUCUUUGGACUUGGAAGCCGCCAUCAUCAUUGCUUCGGAGAUUACACUGCCUUUUGAAGGAGUAGGCUUGAGGCAACUCUACUUGGCGGAGAGGGUGCAGUGUCAAUUGGUGGGUAAGGAUGACCCACAGAUUCCGAUGGAUCCAUCCAAGUUCAUGCUUGUGCCACACUCCAUGACCGAUGCUGAGUACAACUCAUGGGGGAGUGACAUUCCUUACCUUGGCCAGCUCCUUGAGGGAUUGGACUAUAAGGAAUUCAACAUCACCCACCUCAUGCCUUCCUUUACUACUCAAGAGAAGCCUGCUGCCGGUGAGCUCAUUGACCCUCCACAUCUCCUUUGGACAGUCUACGCUUAUGGCCUUAAUGGCUUUGCUUGGGAGUGUGUCGUGCCUCAUAAUCCCAAUAUUAUGGGCAACCCUUUUCCUCCAAAAACUUGGGCGAUGAGUCUUUCUUCUCCUUUAUUCUUUUUGCUAUCUCUUUUUUUUUUGGUCACUAGCCUUUCUUUCUUUGAACUGCAGCCUACCAUCCAAGAGCAUGAGGAGUUGGUAUGGUUGGCUAGGAAUCUCAAGCUAGAGGUGACCAACUAUUCAAGGAUCUUGUACGGCCCUAGAGGGGCCGCCUACCCGAGCGGUGGUGAUGAUGAUGAUGAUGGUGGUGGUGAUGAGGAGGACUCAGAGGUGACUCUUAACUACCAACCAACGAAAAGGCGACACCAUUGUUUACCUGCAGUCAAUACAUAUAGACAUACAACACACAUCUUUCUUUUCUGUUGCUUUUAUUUAUUUAUUUUUUCCUUUAGCUAACAUUUGAAUUUAGUUUGAG